AUGGCCGACAAGGAGAACCCAGACUCUUCGUACAUUGAAGAUGUCGACGAGAAGCAGUUGCAAAAGACCGAUCAUCGGGUACCUGUCAAGCCCGCCUCUCUGGCUGCACUCACAGACGAGGAAUAUACCAAGCUCGGUCGCCGAGCGACGCUGAAGCUCGACGCGUUUAUCAUGCCCUGCAUGGUCAUCAUGUACAUCUUCAACUACCUGGACCGUCAGAAUAUCGCAGCGGCGAAACUCGCAGGUAUCGAGGAGGACCUGGGUAUUUCCGACGUGCAGUACCAGACCUGUGUUAGCAUUCUAUUCGUCGGAUAUAUCCUGAUGCAGGUCCCAUCAAAUAUCAUCGUUGGCAAGAUCCGAUGGCCUGGCGUGUACAUCUGCGCUGCAAUGGCGCUGUGGGGCCUCCUAUCGGCUCUCACUGCGAUCGUGCACAACUUUGCGGGUCUCAUGGCUUCGCGGUUUUUUCUUGGUUUCAUCGAAGCUGUCUUCUUUCCCGGUGCACUAUUCUACAUGUCGCUAUUUUACACCCGCAGACAAUAUGCGCUUCGUACAGCAAUUCUGUAUUCUGGCUCGCAGCUUGGUAAUGCCUUUGGUGGGUUGUUUGCGAUUGGCAUACUGGAGCUACAUGGGAGGAGUGGGAUGGAAGGAUGGCGCUGGCUGUUCUUGAUUGAGGGCGUCCUUACCAUCGCUCUGGCAAUUAUCAUCGCCUUCGUCCUUCCCAAUAAACUGAACAGUUUACCGCACGGAUUUACACAAAUUGAACAGGAAUGGCUAGUAUGGAACUUCGAAGAGGACCAGGGCCAGCAAGACAACGCCGAUGAAAUCAGCGCCAUGAAGGGUGCUCUGAUGGCUGUUACUGAUAUCAAGACAUGGCUGCUUAUGGCCACCUUGUACACUGUUUACAUUGCGGCUGCCGUCAGCAACUUCUACCCGUCUGUCGUGGCCACGUUGGGGUAUGGCAGGAAUGAAACUUAUGCGCUUACUGCGCCCCCAUACAUUCUAUGCGUCAUUGCAAUGGUUAUCAACGGAUUCCAUUCGGACAGGAAACAAGAGCGCUACUGGCACAUCGUGUGUCCCAUGAUAAUCUGCCUCGCAGCGAAUAUCAUUGCCGUCGCGACCCUCAAUACAGCCGCUCGCUAUGUGGCCAUGAUGCUCAUGCCCGGCUCCUUCUACGCGGCAGCGACUGUCGUGAUAUCGUGGGCCGCGGGAUCCCUAUCGCAGCCAACAAUCAAGCGUGCUUCAGCCAUCGCAUUGAUUAAUGCUGUUUGCAAUACUCCAAAUGUCUGGUGCUCCUACUUGUACGGCUCGUCCCCACGAUAUCUUCCAGCCUUCCUCGUCAACCUAGCAGCGUCUGCUCUGGCUAUCCUGGCUGCGACCGCCACGCGGAUGUAUCUGCAGAGGGAGAACCAUAAGCUGGAUAUGGGUGUUGAUACUGGACGGAAUGGGCCGACUGAGGCGCAAAAGGCGGCUGGAUUUCGGUACACGCUUUGA